AUCACUCAACUCUUUGCAUGAAAUGAUACCCGAAACUUUCGACUUUCAAACAGAAUAGUGAAAUCAAAGAAAAUCUUUUUAAUUACAUCACAAUAAUCGAAAGAGAGUGUGAUUAAAUAGAAACUGUCACUUGCUUAUACGCCCUAAUGAAAAAUCAACCGAGAUUUUUACAUCGAUGAAGGAAUCAUAUAUUCUUCGUUGAUUUUUCAAUUUUUUCUCAUUUGAUUAUUGUGACGUGAUUAUAGUUUUUCUUGAAUUUUACAUUUCUGCUUGAAAAUUGAAAGUUCCAGUAUUGUUUUAUACAAAGAGUUGAGUGAUAAACGUGAAAACAGCUUGGUAAUUAAUGGAAUAGAAAGUAAACGAAGGAAACUGUUACUUGCUCUUACGGCAUUUUGAAAAAUCAAACGAGAAUUUAUCAAAUUCGUAUGUUGUGUAUUGUCUGAAUUUCUCUUGGACAUACGUUAGAAAAAUUAUACGGAAUUGAAUUAAUAAUCAACCCCUUGAGAAUAAAGUUAGUAAAAUUUGAAACAGGUGACGCAGUUUUCUUUAAAUAGAUGCAUUCUCUGGUACUCAUGCGGGGAGUUGAUAGCGGAAUUGUGAAGAACGCGCGUAAAAUGGAUGAAAGUCAUCAUGAUCUACAUCAUGUUCAUUUCGACACGACUGUGAUGAAUGACGAACUGCACGAUAAUACCAUCGUCUAUCAAGUAGUACCAGAUGUACAAGAUAGAAAUUCAAUCAUGGUUCAUUUGGGAUUCCUGCAAAUAAAUCAUAGAUAUCGCAUUGAGCUGUGCAUUCCUGAGUAUGCCUUUGUAGAGGCCGGCCUGAAGGUUGGAACCAAUUCAAACUUUGAACUUGACGAGUCCUUGCCGCUAAACAUUAAUUGUAAAUUAUUAGAAUUUUCAUCAGCACCAACAAUUGGAAACGAUGGAAAGCGUUACUAUAGUGCCAAAAUUGUAUUUUUCGCGCAUAAGGAAAAGCUUCUGAAAGAACGUAUCUUUGUGAAUGAUAAAAACGAUAUUUCGUUAAAACUACAACUAGUGUUUUUAGCACGUGUCUUGGGACGAGGUAAAGGUACGCCUAUGUUACGAGACGGAAUUCAUUUAAUUGAUGUAGAAAAUGAUGAGUCUGAGCUCUCCGACUGGCAAGGUUUUCCGAAAAAGGAAAAAUAGGCAAAACCAUCAAUUCUACUUGUUCAAAUGCUGCCAAUUAUACAUAUUCGUUCUAAUACAGGAAAUGUAUCACAUUUUUUCAAUAAAAUGGCUUCUACCCCGUGUCGGUA